AUGCAGACUGGAAUCAUGAUCGAGGCUUCCUCUCCCCUUGCUGCUAUGCAGCCACCGUCCUACAUGGGUCGCUGUGGAGGGUUUGGAGCAGAUGCCCAACCAUUGUAUGCCUCGUUGGCUGCUGCCAAAGGCUUUGGUGUGAAUAGCUUCAACUUCCGGGAUCUCUCCAUGAAGAGACCUACACAAAAGUCUCAUCCAGACUACUUCAGCAUGAGACCUGUCCGUGGUUCAUCACCCACGGCCAGUCUUGCGGCCGAUUUAUCCCAAAACUUCCAUAUCGAUCAGAGUCCACAACAGCCAACGCCUCGGAGGGCACUUUUUGCCAGCACUUUGGACAACCACCCCAACCUCACAACUCCCCCCAUUCCUUCUUCCUCUCCCGGAGGACAAGACUGUAUGGACAUGGACUUUUCCCCUUUACCACACAAGGUUCCUUUUGCCACAGUCGAACUACAAUUACAGUCCCCGACGCCUGAACUGACUCCAGCGGAUUCCUCGUCACUCUGCAUGCCGUCCCCUCUUGCUGACUUAGCAAACGAGCCAAUGCGGGUCAGCCUGCCCACAGAGCGGCGGAAGUCGGGCACUUUACGACCAAGCUUGUCGAGAGCAAAGGGCUACAGCACUGGAACCCUUCCUCAGAAACCUGCAACUGAGAGUCAACUUCCACCAUUCAAAUUCGGUAACUAUUCAACUAAGCCAGCCACAUCUUCAUCCCUGUCCCUAUCCGAGAUCUUUGCCGACUCCCCAACUCAGGACAAACAGUCUCCCCGUUUACCAACCCAGGCCUUCUUGCCCCCGAGACCCCGUUCGGGAAUCUCUUUGGCCUCGCACUCGUCUAGAAAUGGGUCACCUCUCGGUGCGCAUAUGCGCAAGACUUCAAAUCCAGUGAUGAGACCACGGAAACAGUUUCGUCGCUCUCUCAGCAUGUUCGAACAUCCUGAGGACGUCAUGAGGCAGGAAAAGGACCGUCUGAGCCCGCCUCCACCUCUGCUACCCUCCAUCAUGGAUGUUGAAGCUCCCCACGUUCCACAGUUGCCCCAUUUCGACCCCGAGGGUGAGACUGGCGCGCUUCCGAGGAUCACCAAGGAGACAAUGGUCGAAAUUCUCGAGGGCCAUUUCAAUCAUCUAUAUGAGAAGCUUGUCAUCAUUGACUGCCGCUUUGAGUAUGAGUACGAAGGUGGUCACAUCUCAGGCGCCGUAAAUUUUAACGACAAAGAAACAUUGUCGGCACAGCUUUUCGAUGUAGAGCCCACGUCGAAGGCACUCUUGAUCUUUCAUUGCGAGUAUUCUGCUCACCGUGCCCCUUUGAUGGCCAAGUUCAUUAGAAACAAAGACCGGGCAGUCAACGCAGACCGUUAUCCUGCAUUGACGUACCCAGAAGCGUAUAUCUUAGACGGAGGUUAUAGCACAUUCUUCAAGGACUAUCGAAGUCGUUGUUAUCCUCAGAAUUACGUUGAGAUGGAUGCAAAGGAGUACGCCACCGAUUGUGAGCGAGGUCUCGGGAAAGUGAAACAACGAUCCAAACUUGUUCGAGCCCAGACCUUUGCCUUUGGCCAACACUCACCACAGAUCGACUCGAGCCCCACUGCCAUGGGUCGAAGUCGUCUUGACAGUGAGAUGGACCUCGAAAUGAGUCUGGAGUAUACUCCUGUUCCAGCUCUGCGAUCGGGCAUUGACGCUCUCCGUCGAAACCAACGAAUGCUUUCUUAUUAA